AUAGAGGUGUACUUUGCUAAGAAAACACAUUUUCACUGAGGCCUGUUACGGAGGCAGGUUGUUGAGUUGAGCCCAACCAGUGUGAGUUUUGAAUAGACUUGAAUAUUUACCAUGGACCCCAGUGGUAUACUAAGUGGAGACCAGAUUGAUAUUCUCUCUACUGAGUACUUAGUGUUGCUCACUUUCAGUGUGAUUGGGAGUUUUUCUGUCCUGGUGGUUUCUAUAGUGAGAUGGAGGCAUCUAAAAGAACAGGUGCACCUCCUGGUGCAGCUCGCCCUGGCAGACCUCCUGGCUGCUGUGAUCCUGAUGUUCACCAGUGCCAUGAACAAAGUUAGCAUGGACAACAGUGUAACCAUCUGCCAAUACAGCCUGCCGCUGUCACUGACAUUUUAUUUUAUUUCAUUUUUGCUGGUGGUGGUUUACGCAUGGCAGUCAAAGAGCGCAAUCCAAGGGUGGAGAGCAAGCCCCACAGAGGAUGAGAGUGGACAGAGUCAGUGUAGAAGGACAAUAGUCACUACACCUGUAUAUUUCAUUGUCUGGUUGAUCCCCUUUGCAAUAUACCUAGCAUAUGUGCUCACUCCUUUCAUAAAAACUACAAUGCUGAUUCCAACCACUGACACAUCAAAGAACGAGCUUGUCUGUAACGAUACCAAAUACUGCACCAGUUGCAUUUUGUUCUUGCAUGUCUGGAGGGACUCCUGCUCUGAUGCUGAGAUAAUACACGAUACUUUCAUCCGAGUUUUCCUUUUCCUCGUUGUGAUACCAGCAAUGUUUUCUUGCUCUGUCAUUUACUAUAAGGUUGGUAAAUGGUAUGAAAGACAUGAACAGGAGGGGCUUUUUCCGGUGGAGGGAGAUGGACGUUCAAGAAGAAGAUUCAAAAAAGUGUUUUCUACGGCAAGAAAUAUGGUGAUGGUCAUCUUAUUCUGCUGGGCACCAGCUCUUGUCCUCAUUCUGCUGUCUACCCUGAUGAUCUGGACAAAAGUCGAACAACGCAGCCUAUUUGGUCUUUAUAUGAUACAGGCUGCCGGUGUGUCCUUGCAAGGCUUCCUGAACAGUAUGGUUUACGCCUGGAGACGGCCCAACUUCACGGAGGCCGUUCUUGGGGAGAAUACACCCCUGGUGGCACACGACCGCGUGGCCUUCUUUGAUGAAUCACUGAGCAGCACAUGUUGACUCUAAAGGCACUGAGAGACAUUGUUGUGCCGUGACAACACAAUUGGCCUGAGAAAGACUGACUGCAUGCUUGCACACUUCAUGACUUCAUGACAAUUUAGACUGAAACAUGAACAUGUUCUCAUUUUUGGCCUGAGGAAAAAAAAAGAAACAGAACAAAAUGAUAAAGGACACACAAAGACACUUUAAACAUACAACGACUGAUGCAGUGUUUUUCAUUGCAGCUGCUGUUUUUCUCAUGAACACAACAGUCAUAGUAGCCUACAGUAUAGUAGCAUAUUGUUUAAUAUAAAUGGAGACAAAAAAACUUGUGGAUAAAUAUUAGUAUUGUGUUGUAUUUAUAUAUGUGCAAUUAAUGUACUGUUUUAUUAAGAUUUUAAGAUGUCAUAGAGAAUUGUGGUGUGUGAUUUCUACUUUAUUAUGUUUUAUCACAUAUAUUUAUAUUGUUUAAUUGUCUACUGCUUUUGAAACAAUGGAUUUAUUAUUGACUUAUUAUUCAGCAGUCUCUCAGUACUCUGUACUGUGAUGCGAGACAAGAAUGAUGAAAAACCUGUCAGGGUUGUACACUUUGCAGAAGCACGUGUCACCUAUGAUGACAGGAGUUCAGUCUCAGGGGCACAUAUGUGCUGGAACAGUGAGGAAUGACAAGAGAAGGAACACAAUUUCUGCUUUGUCAUGUCUGUGUACGACCACAACUGUUAACAUAUCUCGUGAAAAAUGUGUGGUUGCAUAGCUGAGGUCACACAUGUGCCAUAUCUACUAUAUUAUUGUUCACAGAGGCACAAAGAACAGUACACUCAUGUUAUAGUAUCCUAAACUCCACGUUAAAGCAUGUGUGUCUGUCUUUGAGUUAAACUCUAUUAAUAUUUGACAGACUGCAGGCAAACCUGUUGCUGCUCAUGUAGGUGAUCACCUGACUCAUUUAUCUGUUGUACUGUAAAGUAAACUUGAUGUUCAGUUCCUUUUCUGAAGGCAACACAGUCACCUGUAGGUGGGAUUUAUGCAUACAAUAAAAAGUGUUAUACAGAACAAAGGGCUUUUAACAAUCUAACAGUUGAACCCUGAAAUCAGACAGAAAUAA